AACUAUGGUAACCGCGGCGGAAGACGUGGAGUCAGAGGAGAGCGGGCCAGCAGGGCGCCAGGUGGCGCCUGCAGAGGUAGUAGUUAAGCGCAGCGCGGAAGGAAUGGGACGGCCUCUGUCUCUGUCGGCACGCAUUUUGCCUCUGCCCGCCUCUUCCACCACUUCCGUGUGAGCCGUUGCCCUCUCCGCUGCCUGCCUGUCCUGCCCGCUCUGGCCCGAUCGUCGAGCCCAUACAUAGUUGCCAAUCCGUGCCCGUUGCCCAGCGCUCGUCGGCCUUCUUGAAAGUGGAUUGAAUUGGAGCAGAGGAGCAGAGGAGUGGAGAGAGAAAGAGAGAGAGAGAGAGAGAGGACGAGGAAGGUUUGGUGGUUCGGAUUGGUGGGUGGGUGGCACACAGAGCAGGGCUUUGAUUUUGAUCGCAGCGAUGGCUGUGAAUCCGCCGCUUUUCGGGAACGGGACCCCGAUUCCGUUCGUGGAUGAGAUGUUCGUGCUGACUCGCGACUCUGUCGAAUUUAACGUCGAUCAUCCUUAUUCUCCCGGAAGCAAGUUCAGCGCAAAAGGAUCACUUCUCAUUUCAAAUUUUCGGGUUGUCUUCGUUGCCACCAAGCCAGUCGGAAACAUUGCAGCUUAUGACUUGCCUCUUCUCUACAUACACGACGAGAAAUUCAAUCAGCCUAUUCUGUUUUGCAACAAUCUCUCGGGCAAAGUUCAUCCUGUAGUUCCUGAUGGCGAACAUCCAUCUUUAUACAAAGUGUCCAGCUUUAAGAUUCUGUUCAAGGAAGGUGGCGUCGGAACCUUCGUACCAUUAUUUUUCGGCCUUUUAAGAUCUGUGCGUGCAGCGAAUGUCGAAUCAGUCAAUGUUUCAGCUCCUCCAGCAAACCCUCUUCCAUCAGAGCAAGCACCCGUGGAAGACAUGAUCAGACAUGCAUAUAUCGAUCCAAAUGACCCCACAAGGGUGUACCUGCAGCAACCAUUUGAUACUCAACCGAGUCUUAGAAGGCUUCUGCACUUCCAAUCCCAGGAGGCCUUUUGAUAUCUGCAAGGUAACGCAGAAGAGAGCCAAUGGUGUUUUGACUAGUUUUGAGAAAAUCCCCCGAGCUGCAUGCAUGCAUGACAGUCAAUGUAGUACAGGACUUCUGAAGGCCGAAGUCUUGACAGCAUUAUGGAGUUGCAGCUGCACCAGAAGCCCGUUGUUUCUAGCUCAUACCUGGAACAGGAUUCCUGGAUUUUCUGCAGCUGCAGUUGUUGCUUUCUCACCAGACAACAUAUACUUCACCAACAUACAAUUAAGAGCGAUGUCUCCCUUGUCUCAUUCAAAAGUCGCGUGCUCCUACCCCCACAGCGAUGAUUUACAUAAACAUGAAUUUUGACUGACCAUGUCCGAUACCGAAAACGUGAACUUGCAAUAUAUCUGCAAGCAAACUAAGAAUGAAAAUUUGCACUGUCCCUGUGCGUGACC